AUGGCAUUCACAAACGAUGAUUAUUUGCCUACCUUUGAGGAAUUAACUGUUCCAGAGAUUCAUCUAACUUCGUCGGUUUUGGUCUCAGGUGCUCACUUGUAUGGCAAAUAUUGUGACAAUAUAAACAAGGAAUUCAUGCUAUGUUUCCAAGAAGAAUCUGAUCCAAGAAAAUGUGUCAGUGAAGGCAAACAAGUUACAAAUUGUGCAUUUGAGUUUUAUGGUAAAGUCAAAAAGAACUGUCAUGAAGAAUUUACUAGUUAUUGGAAAUGCAUUGAUAACUGUGGCAGUAGUAAAAUGGACUUUUCAAAAUGUCGUAGAAUGCAGGCUCCAUUUGAUAAUUGUGUGAAAGAGAAGAUAGGAGUUGAACGACCACCAUUAGGUUAUUUUACUAGAUUAAGAGAACAUGAAACAUCUAGACCCAAGCCUCAAUUGAAGCCAUUAGAAUUACCCUAUCCAGAGCCCUUACCAACAGCACCUGAUGUUUCAAAAAUACCAUCUCCAGAAGGUGCAAAAUGUUACGGAGGGAUUAGUUUAUAA